UUAUUUAUUUGCAUUUUUUAUAUAUUAUAUAUUUAUCAUAUUUUUAUUGUGCAAUACACAAUUAAAUGUUGUAUAUGUGGCGGGCUUAAUGUCAUAUGGCAUUCUCUACUAGCUAACUAUUAGGUAAAGACAGAAAGCGUAUGAAGGGCAGGGGUGAUGAAAAAGAUGUGAUAUAUUGAUAUAUUAUAUUGUAACAUACUAAAAUAAUUAUACAUAUAAUUUUUCUAAGUAUAAUGACUUAAUUUUAACGAUCAAAUAUGUAAGUAAUAAAAGCAUUUAAUAAUUCCCUAUACUCUGCUAUAUUGGACACGAUGCAAGUUGUGGAAUGAACUCCCUGCCGAUGUUUCUUUUUGAGUCUACAGCAAGGGGUUUUUCAAAAUGGUGUAAUAAGGGACUGCAACGCGCGCAUUUACAGACUACCAUAACCGUUUUCUAUCAGAUGGACCAUAUGCCAUACCUACACUACUUAUUUGCCUCCAUAAUCCCAUUCUAAAAAUAUUAUAUUUUAACAUGUUAUUUUUAGAUAAUAAGACGUUAGACUAAUUCAUUGACGCGACAAGAAUUUUUUUAAUAUUAAAUAGAGCCAAAUUGGCUUGUAUAAUGUAAUACGAAAAAUACUUUAUAUUCUCAUUCUAAGUAUUUCAAAAAUAACUCGCCGCUUACGAUAUCUUUUGACAUUUUACAUAUGUGAUUGACAUAACAAUAUCCGUUGAAAAUUAAAUUUUUCUUAUAGCAUUUUUUUUACAUGUAUAAGCUCUCAUAAAACUUUUGAUAGCAUUUUCUAUUAUUUAUUCGUUAAUGACAUAAAUAAUAAUGGUAUUUUAAAUAUAAUAGAAGAUCUUUUAUUUAUUAUGAUUAAAUCAUCGUCGACCUGCCAUUCGCUUGGGACGAAAGCAAAGAAAUAUUGGACGUAUGAUGAAUAUUACACAGGACUGAGAGACCAUGAAAGACGCAAGAAUGGACAAGGGGAGAACCAUUGGUCGGGACCAGAGUCAUUAGAAUGGUACACGGGACAUUUUAUUCGGGACACGAUGCACGGCCUUGGAGAUUAUCGCUGGCGACACAGGGGUCCUGAGGGCAUCUUCGUAACGUACGAGGGACACUUCUACAGCAAUUGUAUGCACGGUUAUGGUACUAUGUCGUAUCCGGAUGGUAGAGUAUUCACUGGUUUGUACCACAGCAACGUUCGCUGGGGUCCUGGUAUAGAAUACAGUGCUUGCAUGCGUGAUAACGUAGGUCUCUGGCGUGGCACUCAACUAAUAAGACUAGCAUGGCGUCCUCAAACCCCUAAUAUUAUCCCUGAUUUGGCAGCUGGCAGUAUCGGAAGAGCUUGUGUUGAGCCACAUCGAAUUGCUUUUGUAGCUACCACAAAGACUAUCGGUGAAAUAAACAGCGCCUUGGAUCUUCUAAAACAAUUUGGAUCAAAUCCAAGAUGGGCAGCAGAUCAAUGGAUAAAAUUAUAUCCCAAACACUGUACGGACCAAGCCAGUCAAUUGUGUCAAACAGACAUUUUUGAACAUACAUAUUAUAAUGAGCCACUACAUAUUCUCAAAGAAAUUAAGUCUAUGUUAACAGUGUCAGAGAGUCCUGACAACAUGGGCAAUCUGGAAGGAACAGAACUCUAUUUUGCUUGGAAUAACAGUGAUACCAUCGUACAUAUGAUAAAGCACUGUUAUCAGCAUGAAAUGCAGAGGUCAUCUGAAAUUGACUUAGCAAGUAUAAUAAGUGGACCAAGAAAAAAGUAUAAACCGGCUGCUAAACAUGAAAUUGAUUGCAGAACUCUUUUGAUGGCCAGUUACUUAGGAGAUCUUACGAAUGUUGUUCAAAUGGUCAAUGACUUGAACGUACAUCCUGAUGUAGCAGAUAAUCAAGGGAAUACUGCUUUAAUGUAUGCCACUUGUGGAGAUCAAUGCGACGUAAUCCAUUUUAUUGUGGAAGCCGGUGCAAAUGUAAAUAAUUACAAUGACUCUUGCUAUACUGCACUCGGAAUAGCACUAAUGAGAUUUGCUUGCUUACAAAAAGAUAUAACGACAAAUGGAAUGCUUCAAGCAUUAUUACCACCACCUGUCGUCCCGACACCUCCUCUACCUGAACAUACAAUAUUAGAAUGGAAUAUGACACGUGAUCAAGAAAAUGUUAUUGGUGCAUCACUAAUUAGGACAACCAGUAAAUCGAGUAAAAAUGUUACUGCCAAGGCAAUCGUCAAUAAAUCGUCACAGUCUCUUAAGGAGGUUUUAUCUGCAAAAAAGAAAACUGAAGUUCCACUAGCUAAACCUACUGAGUUAUAUGAACUUGACUCAGAUGAAACUUUCUCGGUGAACAGAAGUGUAUACCAGAAUAUUAGUAAUGAAUACUCCAUAAAAGUAAAAGAUCUUUUCUCAGUUACAAGCGGAACCAUACCAAUUCCGUACAUUUUUAAAAUCAAUGACUUGGUUAAAGAAGUUGAUUUAAAUGAAGAUGAACCAAAAAAACUUAAUGAUAAUGUUUCCAAGAAAGUCGCAUCCAAAAUUUAUAAGGAUACAAUAAAACUCAGUAAAGAAAUUAUGUGGCAAAGUUCUGACUGUGAUGAGAAUAGUGCAACAAUCGAUAGUGUUCAAAAACAGAAAACCGAUAUGUUAACUCGAGUAAUGUCAACGAUUCUUCAGCUAUUAUCUGAUGGUGCAAACCCAAAGUUAAUAAAAUGCCCCCAGUCUGCUCUAUUUAUUGCCGCUGUCGCAGACUCAUCAGAUCUCGUUCGGCAUUUAGUAAAUUAUGGAGCUGAUAUUAAUGAAAUAUGUUGUCAAACACUAGGCUAUACACCGUUAGACGUGGCGGUAUCUCGUCCGUUUACAUAUAAAAACUUAGAGGUGAUUCGUGCAAUUCUGGAAUGUGGUGGUAAUACAAAUUAUAGGCUACAAUAUGGAGAUCUUGGAUCUAAUCCUCUUAUACCUGGUCCAACUUUGCUACAUGCUGUUCUUGCGAAGAGAACAGAAAAUGAAAUAGAAGAACAGAUUCGACAGCAAACGAUAGAAUUAUUACUGGAGUAUAAUUGCAAUCCAAUGAUUCAAUUUAAAGGGCGCUCUGCUGUUGAUGUCGCAAUGACAAAAAAUUUCAACUUAUUAAAUAUAUUUUUGAAAAGCCCAGGAUGCAACCUGAAUGCAAUUAUCAAUGAUCAAAAUCAGACAGUUCUAGUUAAAAUGUUCUAUUUACCCUUCUUUAAAACUCCUGGUGUCACAGAUCGUCUGCAAAUUCUUACCAAUUUACUUCUUUUUGGAGCUGAUCCAUUUAUAGAAUGCCAACAUGGUGGGGUGAAAUAUCAAAAUAUAUUUGUUUUUGCCAAAAAAUCGUUGAUGGAAUUAGAAAGUUCUCUAGGCAAGACAAAUCCAGUCACUACACAAAAUAAAUCAGACGUAAAAAAUAAAAUGAAAGAUAAACCGAAGAAAGGCGAGGAACUUUCAACUAAAUCGAUAGGAAAAAUGACGGUAGACGUAGUUGGAGAUUAUAAACAGGCAAUAGAACUUGUAACAGAAUGCGCUAGACUUUUGUAUAUAAGAUGGCUGCAAGCGAAGUUAAUGAUAGAGCUAGUUGAACUUAUAAACAAAUUUAAACAUCGUCACUGGAAUAUAAUAUUAAAAGAGCAUAAGCAUAAAAAAAGUACUGGUCUUUGGCUAACACCACAACGCUGUCUUGAAAUAUGGGACAUUUUUAAAACGAAACAGAAAAAAAUGUAUAGUGAUAAAAGAAUUUUGAAGCAUUUGCUCUGUAUUGUGCAGUACUAUCAAAUUAAAUUUAAAUUUGGUUACGUCUCUAAAUCAGUGCCAACAGCACAGGAGAAAAAUAUAAUAGACUCGAGUGUUUUGAGUAUUUUGCAAGAAAAUAAAUCAGCUGAGAUAUUAACCCCAAAAAUAAUAUUUUGGAAAAAACCUUACGUGAUGCCUGAACUUGUAAAAAAUGAUGAAAAAUUUAAGGUUUGUUUCGAGUGCAUACUUCCAUUGGCUGAAGAAAAAAUUCAAUGCAAAUGUUGCAAGCUUGUUGCAUUUUGUUCCUUCGAUUGUAUGAAGAUAAAUAUAGAUAGAAUCAAUUGUCAUCCAUGCAGUGAAUAUUUGAAGAACAAUUUUUUUUCAAGUGACAACCCUAAGAAUAACGAAGAAAUAGAACCAUUCAACUUACUAAAAUAAAUAUUAAUAAAAUAAAACAAUAAAUAUAAAAUCAUGUUUGUGAUCGAUUUAAUUUAUUAAAUUUAUUUAUGUCAUUAAAUUAAUGAA